AUGCGAGGUAGGGGCACGCCGGCGCGGGGGAGGAGCAGCAGCUCGGAGGCGAGGCAGGGCGGAGGUGCGGCGGCCCGGAGUAGGGGCGGAGCCGCGGCGCAGCGGGACGAGGAGGCCCGUGCGGCGUCCGGCACGCCUGGCGGCGGGAGCGGCGACCGCGCGCGAGCGGCCUGGCGCGAGCAGGGGAGGGAGCGGCGGCCGGGCGGCGAGCAGGGGACGGCUCGAGAUCCCUCCUCCCUCGUCGGCGCAUGUGGUGCGCGGCAGCUUCGGCACGGGGCCAUGGCGCCGAGAGCAAGGGGGCCGGUGGGGAGCCAGCAGCGGCGCCACCCCCUCCUCCCUCCCCGCGCGGAGCUUGUGCGGCGGCCCUCCUCCGGCUCCCUGCGGCGGUGGCGAACACCAGCACGGAGGUUGAAGAAAAACCUGACGAGUGGGGCCCGCACGUCAUUGAGUGGAGGGAGUAAAGCAGCAGUGGUGGGCCCGCCAAAGGCAAGGCAAAGCAUUGGGCCUCCUCCGAUCCAACGGCCAGCAAGAGUCCACGUGGCGGAUCGUCGCAGGGCCCGGGCCUCCCUCGCGGCAUCGCUCUUCCCCAUCGCCGCCGCCGCCGCCGCGAGGCUCCGAUUCCGCCCCAGCUUCCGCGGCAUGGCCUCCGCUUCCGCCGCGGCGGGUGCGCCGGCGAGGGUGGGCGUGGUGCAGAUGACCUCCGUGGGGGACGUCGACGCCAACUACGCCACCUGCUUCCGCCUCGCCAAGGAAGCAGCUGCAUUUGGAGUGAAAUUUCUUUGUUUUCCCGAGGUCUUCUCAUUCAUUGGAUCCAAGGAUGGCGAGUCUGUUAAGCUAGCUGAACCAUUAGAUGGGCCAAUAAUGCAGAGAUAUUGCUCACUUGCAAAAGAAUCAGGCAUGUGGUUAUCUCUUGGUGGGUUCCAGGAAAAGGGACCUGAUGAUUCUCACCAGUACAAUACUCAUGUAUUAAUUGAUGAUUCUGGAAAAGUUAGGAGCUCAUAUCAAAAAAUACAUUUGUUUGAUGUUGAUGUACCUGGCAAUAUGGUGUACAAGGAAAGUCGUUUCACAACUGCAGGCAAUACAAUUGUUGCUGUGGAUAGUCCUUUUGGACGGCUGGGUCUUACUGUUUGCUAUGAUUUGAGAUUCCCAGAGCUUUAUCAAAUUUUGCGCUUUAAGCAUGAAGCACAGGUGUUACUAGUACCCUCCGCAUUCACAAAGGUAACCGGGGAGGCACACUGGGAAGUUCUCCUCCGUGCUCGUGCAAUUGAGACACAAUGUUAUGUUAUUGCUGCGGCUCAAGCUGGAAAGCAUAAUGAGAAAAGAGAGAGCUAUGGCGAUUCAAUAAUUAUUGACCCAUGGGGAACAGUGAUAGCUCGCCUUCCAGAUCGGCUCUCCACUGGAUUUGCAGUUGCAGAUCUUGAUUUGUCUAAAGUUGAGGCUGUGAGAACUCGAAUGCCAAUCUCAGAGCACCGGAAGUUCGACAGCGAUUGGAAAUCCUCAAAUCAACAAUAGCUCAGAACUGGUCCUGUGUUUCCUCUGUUUGUACAUCUACAUUUGGCAAAUUCGUUUAUAUGCACAACUGCCGCAGUUUGAAUGGUUUGUUUGGGGACCCUCCAGUAGGACAAAGAUGUAGCACAAAAUAAGCAGCGGUGACGACGGCGGCACUGGGUAGAAAUUCAUGUAUGACAGUAUAAGACACUUGCUACUAGCUGGAAAUUUGGAAUGUGCAUUCAGACGUCACACUGAGCAUGCGAAUGAUCUGCUGUUGUAUCGUGAGCUAGAAAUUGAUUAAACUGAUGCCCUGUUUAGUUCCU